AUGCUCACUCUGGCCAUCGCACUUCUAAUCGGCUCCACAUUUGCCGCUCCUUCGUCUCCCGAGCGGCUUGCCCGCCGUCUAGAGCGCCGCGCCGCAGCCCGUUCGUCGCAGCCUAGGAUUACGUCCGAUGGUCCUGCGGCGCUCUCUACGAAUAUCUCCGAGGUCCAGUACUCGAACAACUGGGCCGGCGCUGUCCUCAGCAAGACAACGGCUACCUGGACCGCGGUUACCGGCACGUUCACCGUUCCGACUCCCAAGGCUCCCUCGGGCGAGAGCACGGCGUACGCCUCCGCCUGGGUCGGCAUCGACGGCGAUACCUGCGGCAGCGCCAUUCUCCAGACUGGUGUUGACUUUAAUGUUGAGAACGGCGCAGUCUCGUAUGAUGCUUGGUAUGAGUGGUUCCCCGCGGGCGCAACCUUCUUCUCGGGCAUCAGCUUCUCACCCGGAGAUUCCGUCACCGUCACUGUCAAGGCUUCGUCCAAGACUGGUGGCACCGCCACGAUCAAGAACAACAGCAAGGGCACGACCGUCUCGCACACCUUCACCGGACAGCCCUCGCUCUGCCAAUUCGAUGCAGAGUGGAUCGUCGAGGACUUUGAAUCUGGCGGUGGACUGGUGCCGUUCGCGAACUUCGGCAGCGUGACAUUCACCGGCGCUUCCGCCACAUCAUCUUCCGGCUCUGUUGGCCCGUCGGGCGCCGCUAUUUUGGACAUCGAACAGAGCAAGGUUCUCACUUCCUGUUCCGCCUCUUCAUCUUCCGUUACGUGCUCCUACGUUGGAUAG